AUGGGAGACAUGGAAUUUGCUAAAGCUCAUAAUUCUGCAAUUUUUCUUGAAGAUCCUCCUGCAGCCCACAGUGACUUGAAAUUCAUUGUGGAUGGUUUGAAGAAAUCAUGCUUGGUUCAUUGCUUAACUACAAAUCCUGCUAUCUACCAAAGUUUGAUUAAGGAUUUCUGGAGAAAUGAUGAUGUAAAGAAGAAUGAUCGAGGUGAAAAUUUUCUGGAAACAACAAUCGAAGACAACAAAAUUCUAGUAACAGAAAACAUCAUCAGAGAAUCUCUUCAAAUUGAGGACAUACCUGAGUACCUCAUGGAGAUUGACGUUCAUCAAAUUGAGAAAAUUUUAGAGCAUAUGGGAUACGAAGGAACUUUUCCUCCUACAAUCAAAAAGCUGCUUCCUCCAUGCUGGAUGCUUUUGGCUCAUGUGUUCGUGAGUUGCAUUUCUGGCCGGAGAUCAGGAGCUAACGAGAUUUCUCUAGGCAACACUGGUGCCAUUGCUGCAUUGGCAGCAGAUUUUGAGUUUAAUUUCUCAAAAUUCAUAAUGAAUGAAAUGAUACUAAAUAUUGAAGGAAGCAAAAGAGACAAAUUUCGUAUGUAUCCAAGAUUUUUACAAAUCAUCCUUAACGUAACUCACCCCGAGUUGCAGAGAGGAAAUGAUACUCUGGAUUUCAAAUCCAUUGGUCCAAGUGCCUUUGGAUUAAUGAAGCAAAAGAGAGGCGGAAAAUUCGUAUUUGAAGGAAAAUUUCCAUUAAUAAAAUUUGGAAUUUUUAAAGAGGAUGUCAGAGAAGAAUCGGCAGAUCAAUCCAUGACGAUGGAAAAUGAAGAUAUUCAUCACUCUCACUCCGAUCCUGAAGUGGAGGAGAUUCAUCACUCUCCCACAACUUGUGUAGCUGAUGAGCAUGAUUAUCAGAAAGCAAAUGAUUCAAAAUCUUCUCGAGGGGAUGAUGACGAUGAUCUUUAUGAAGAUGUGGAGUUUUUGAAAGAAAUCGACUUUACAGGAAUCAAUGAUGACAUUCCAACAAACAUAGAGUUUGAUUUUGAUGAUGAAGAUUUUGAUCCUUUUCUUGAUAUUCCCAGCAGCCGUGUAAAUAAAGUCAAUGAAGUUGCUUCUCUAGCAACCAAGACUAGAGAUGAAGGAAAUUUUCUCAAAAUUCUGCUCUCUACCUCAAAGCCCUUGGAAACCACAAGUCAAGGAGAUGUGACAUCAGAGAUUCCUCCCUCUGUGUCACCUAUCUCAACAUCAACUCCAGUCAUUUCUAUGUUAUCUGAACCUCAAACUUCUCAGACAUCCAUAAGAACAAGCCAAUCUCUUGAAAGUCUGGAGGUACCCUCUGUAAAAUGUGCUCCUCAAGUUAUUUCAACAAUCACUGCAACCACUGCUCACUCUCCUUCAAAGCAGACUGAUGAAGGUCCAAGCACCAUGUUCGAGACUGGUGGAUCCUCUUCUAUUCCAGAAUAUUCUCCAACACGACCUUCUCUUGAUGAAGCUUCUAUCAGAUUAGUAAAACAUCUGGCUCAAUCUAGUCUAACCUCUUCACGCGGAAAAGGAAUAUCAUUUAACGAGGGUCGGACAAAUGAUGACAAAUCCUCUUCAUCUGAUCUCCGAGAAGAAAUUGGAAUUCUCCGUCAACAGCUCAUUGAAAAGUCAAUUCAGAUGGAUCAGCUUUCUGCACAUAUUUUUGAGCUCAGGGAAAAAGAUGAAGAAAAGACCAAACAAAUCAAUGAUCUACAAACGAGUCUUGGAUCUGUUCUAGCUAAUUAUUUCAAUCUCAAGAACGUAUUGUACGAUGCUUUUUGGUGA